CUUUUGACCUCCUCAGGAUCUGGAGAGCAGAGGAGACUGGACCAAGCACAUGGCGUCUCAGUGGCAGGGCAUGAAGGCCUCCACGCGCAGACGAUCACUCCUAAAAGAGGAACAUCUAGAGAAGGCAGUGACCCGGUCUGUUGAGGGCCAUCUGGAGACCGGUCCCCUGGGCUCUCUGUGCAAACAGUUCCAGAGGAGGCUGCCACUGAGAGCCGUCAGCCUCAACCUCGGGACUGGCCCCUCCUGGAAACGCCUGGAAACCCCAGAGCCAGAGCAGCAGGGUCUUCAGGCUGCAGCUCGUUCAGCCAAAAGCGCCCUGGGUGCUAUGUCCCAGAGGAUCCAGCUGUCCUGUCAAAGUGGCACCAAGUGGCUGAUGGAAACACAGGUGAAAGUGAGAAGAAAGCGAGGCACCCAGAAGGACAGAGGGUCCCCACCUUGUCCGAGCCAGAAGAACACUCGGCUAUGCAGGGCCAACCGGGAUGCGGGGGGACAUCCUCGCCUCUCUGGCCAGAUGGGUCCACAUGCCCAUCGACGUCAGCGGCUAAGGAGGGAGGCUGCCCUCCGGAGCCCCUGUUCCUCCACAGAACCUCUCUGCUCUCCCAGUGAGUCUGACAGUGACCUAGAGCCUGUGGGGGCUGGAAUCCAGCAUCUCCAGAAGCUGUCACAAAAGCUGGACAAAGCCAUCAAGGCUGAAGAGAGUGGUGACAUGACUGUCUCCCUUAUUCGUGAGUGAGGACAGCAAGCAUCCUACAGGUAAUGUCCCCUCCCUCUUUCUCAGUCUC